GAGCGGAAACAACUCUUGCUUUGUUCAUAAAUAAUAUAAUGGUCAUGUUGAUUGGCGAUUAACUGGGUCCAGUUUUAGCGAGGAACUGUUACGACAACCUCAGAAAAAAGUGUCGAUUUCAGUUGUGUGGUGUUUUAGAUCAAUCAGGACUGCAAAUGUUCAAAUGUAUUUGCGUCCGACCUUUCCCUCAGUCCCUCCCUCGGUUUAAUCAAAUGUGUUACCACUGAAACAAUUAACGAUUAUCGACCGCCAGAGAUUUAAAAAUCGCCACCUAUUACGUGGUGAGUUUAGGUGAAAAUUGUUCUGAAUAAACCAGAGGCAAACUGUCAUCACCCGGCCUCUGGAUUCGGAAGUUUUGUUUUUCCUAACUUUAAAAUAACGCAAAAGUUCACAAUGAAAUCCUUGCUGUCAUCUUCGUUAAGAAAUUUGCCCAAGGGUAUCAACACUAGAGGAUUGAGACAAACGAUCAACCGCAUCAAAUCUGAAUACGAUACCGAGUAUCUAACAAAUCCGGCAAAUUUUGAUCACAUCAAAUCGAAUAUCACCAAACGGAAAGGAAUUGGUGAUAUUGAUCAGGUUCCUGGUUUGGUAAAUGAAUUGAAUCGAACCACAGACGCUACGGUCCGUCAGAAUCUUCAACAUCAACUUGACGCUGUCCUGAAAACUCUUCCAAAUUUAACACAUCCGGAUGUCGUGAACUACGGUGAUCAACCGAAGGAAAUCGAUUCGAUUGGUUGGAAGCGCAAGUUCGGUUUUAAACCGAAAUCAUUUGAGGAGCUGUGCAGCUCUUUGAACAUUUUACGCACAAAUGAAUUGGGUAAUUUGAAUGGGUCACGAAGCUACUAUUUAAUGAAUGAAUUAGCUAAGAUGGAACAAGCAUUAGUACGAUAUACUGUCGAGCAACUGCGUCCGAAAGGUUUUGAAUUGAUUUCGGUGCCCGAGAUUCUUCCAGCUGAAGUCAUUGAACGAUGUGGCAUGAAAACAACUGGAGAACGUAAUCAGGUAUACAAAACUCUUCACGACAACUUAUGCCUAUCCGGUACGUCUGAAAUGGCUCUAGCUGGCCACUUUUCUGGAAAACGAUUCCACGUCGAUACGUUGCCCAUUCGCGUAAUGGCAGUUAGUCGUUGUCAUCGUGCUGAAUUGGCGGGUACCAAAGCCGAGGCAGGCAUAUUUCGAGUUCGUUCAUUUACCAAAGUUGAGAUGUUUUCCGUAUGCGCUCCGAAUCAAUCGGAAGACAUGUUAGACGAAUUCAGACGCAUCGAAAUCGAUCUCUUCAACAAACUUAAUUUACAUUUCAAAGUACUUGAUAUGCCAGCGUGUGAAUUAGGUGCGCCUGCUUACAGAAAAUUCGACAUGGAAGCGUGGAUGCCGAGUAGAGGAAUGUACGGUGAAAUAUCGAGCUGUAGUAAUUGUACCGAUUAUCAAGCACGUCGGUUGGACAUUCGAUGCACUGAUGGAAGCGGACCGGUUGUUCAUGCCCAUACGAUAAAUGGGACAGCAUGUGCCAUACCAAGAAUGUUGAUAGCAAUCUUAGAGAAUUACCAAAACGAAGACACAAUUGAUAUUCCCACGGAACUGCAGAGAUAUAUGGAUGGGAAAAGUAAAAUCCAGCGAAGCAAGGUGUUACCGCAUUGUAAACUGGUGAAACAUAUUAAAGGACCAGACUGAUCGAGUUCUGUUUAAGUUUUUUUUUUACUUUGAUAACAACAUUCUUUGUUUGAACCAACUUAACUUGACAAUGUAUGUAUGUUACUACUGCAGUUAUGAUUAAAUUGUACAUUUAUGCAAAUCACUUAAA